AACAUCCUCCUGGAUGAUUUGAGCUGCAGUGGAACAGAGCAGGUACUAUGGCAGUGCUCCCAUCGUGGGUUCUAUGUACAUGACUGUGUGCCGCUUGAACAUGUCGGAGUUAUAUGCUCAGGUAACUAUUUCCUUCACACAGCAUCUGUUAUAGACCUUCGGUUGGUCAAUGGGUGGCAUAGAUGUGCUGGCCGUGUGGAGCUGUACUACCAUGAAUCGUGGGGCACGGUAUGUGAUGACCAGUGGGACAUUAGAGACGCAGACGUUGUGUGUAGGCAGCUUGGUUGUGGGGCUGCAGUUUCGGCUCAUGGGCAGGCACGCUUUGGUGAAGGAGGUGGGAAUAUAGUCCUGGAUGAUGUAAACUGUGCUGGUGACGAAUCUCUCCUAGAUCAAUGCAAACAUCGGCUGUGGGGAGAACACAACUGCCAGCACAAUGAGGACAGUGGAGUCAUCUGCUCAGUCCCCCUAGUGUACGACUUGUUAAUGGGUAGUCAUCCCUGUGAAGGGCGUUUGGAAAUUUCUUAUCGGAGUGUAUGGGGUACAGUGUGUGAUGACCUAUGGGACAUGGCAGCGGCUACAGUGGUGUGCCGGCAGCUUGGCUGUGGACAGGCCCAGAAAGCUCCAGGAAUGGCAUUCUUUGGUCGUGGGACUGGCAACAUUUGGCUGGAUGACAUAGACUGUAAAAGCACAGAACCUGCUGUAUGGCAUUGUCGCCACCGACCAUGGGGCACCAACAAUUGUGACCACAGUGAGGAUGCUGGAGUAGUGUGUGAAUCAGGUAAGUCAGGAAAAUAUACUGUUUAUAUCAUUACAACUUUAUGA